AUGCUUUGGAGCUCGAAUAAAGAGAAUGCAUCUGCCUCCGAGAGUGAAAAAUCUGUUGGGGACUCAGAUGACGAUGCCCCAAAGGAAAUUAUCCUGGCACAGCCGCAACAAGGACGGACACUUCUGCCUGCGCCUGCCGCUGCCAUCGUGAGCGGUGUCGCCGGCCUCACUUCCUUCUACGUUCGUGGUGCAACAAAAGUCGGGGGAUGGGGACUCUACGCUGGCAGGGAAGCUACGCUCAAAACGCUGGCUGUCAGUCGCAGUGCACUGGAGUCUAUCCUGAUCGCAGCAGGGCGGGAUGUGUCUUCGCGAAGCAAUGGAGAACUGGGACGAGCGGAAGCCGAGAAUCUGUUGGAGAGAAGUAUCUCUGCACUGCAUUCGACCAUCUCUACAACUUCGUUUGUCGCCUCGACGGGCUUCCACCUCACGGAAGCGUUCAUGAACUCCAUAUCCGGUCUAUCCAUCCAAGGAUUGGCUACCCUCAAUGCCAUCCUCGGCUCUACUGAAUCCUCCCGUGCCGUCGCCGCCAUCAUCACGCUGAUCCGAGAUGAACUCAACAAGCCCGAGGUGGGUGGAACUGGCGAGGUGGUCACAUACCUGGAUCUCAUCAUUGCCACUAUCGGAUUCGUGAUGCUCCAGAGGUGGGGGCGCCGCAAGACCGAACUGGACUUUCGGGAUGCCGGCGGUGAAGAAACAAUUUGGGACGCUGUCAUUGACGACAAGGGUUUCCGAGCUGACGUCGUUGGCACAAGGAAGAAAGGCCUGAUCAGCAUACACGCCAAUGCAGGCGGGCCGCCCAUGACAUUCACUUCUCCAGACUGCGACGAUGACUUUGAGGCCUUGGAAAGGGGCACGAUGUUUGAUGCGCAAGCAGUUACGCUGUCAGCCGACAACCAACCCAAGCUGACCGACGAAGAAAUCCGUGAACGGAUCAUGAGCCAAAUACCCUCUGGAGCUCGAGCCAUCAUCACCUCAGAGACCAUCACCGCCAAGACGAUCAGAGUCGACAUCUACGAUACUGAGACAGCUCAUAUUGACCCACCGCCGGGGACUGUUAUGGUCGCAGAAAGGUUGAAUCAUGAAAGUUCGUCCAGCGGCACGCAAGGAGCACCACAUCAAACCGUCAUAUUUCGGACAGCUUUGAAGAGAUCGAGCAGCAGAGAGAAGCCAUCCUCAACCGAGCAACUGCGACUGACAGGCCGUGACGGAUUGGCUCCGGAUCACCCUGACACCGACGAUCUGCUCAUGAUGAAGACUGCUUCAAAACGAAUCUCAAUCGUGGAUGAACCAAUACAGAUAGAAAACGGCACCAUCUCCAACUCUGACCGUGAUGAGUCGGCAAUCGAAUCAUCAUCCCCACCUCCUUCUUCUCCUCCAAAGCUUCUGGGACCUAUUGCCAAUCAAAAAAAGAGCCGCCGGCCUGUCCUUAGUUCAAGCAAGUCCUCGCCCAACACAAGCGGCACCAGUCGAAUCCCGCUUGUCAAAGGUAAAAAGGACAAAUCGCCUCCAGCCGCUAAGAAUGAUAGAGGUGGCGUUAUCAAGAAAGCGCUGAAGACGCUGAGCCCCAGCCAGUCGUCAGCAGUAGUAAAGGACCUCCAAAAGGCUCCACCGCAGCAGCGAAAACCAUCUACAUCGCUAACGGUACAGCCUCCUAGAUCUAGAGCGCCUUCGGCAAAUCGUGAAGAUGUCACACCGAGAAGAACUUUCGCUUCGUUGAGCCACGGUCAUACACCCUUGACGAGCCCAAGUGUACAUCGUGCCACCGAGUCAUCGACAAGCUACUUUGCGCUGCACGACAGGAGAAGAGACUCGAUUGUAUCACAGACCACAGAAACAUAUUCGAUACAUUCGCACGAUAGUCGACCCGGCUCCCCCACAUUCACAAGGACGCGCACGCGAGUUGUAAAUGGGUUGACGCAAACGAGAUCGGAGCUCGGAUUGGCACUCGACGAGACCGAAGCCAGGGUCGACCCAGCCACUGGCACAGUUCAUCACAGACGGUCUCGGUCUUUCGUUCCGAGUCUGUACUCAAUGGCGACGAAAGAUUCGACCGAGGCCAUUCUUUUGGCGCCGAAGACCCCUGUGCCUCGAAAAUCAAUAUAUGAGGACCAUAGCAUAUUGGCAGCUCUGAUCACGAACGGCAAGGUACCCGGUAUCUUCCCGGAUCGCCAUCUUGUCAAAACAAUUCGACGGUUUGCAAGAUUCGCAUCGGCCUCAUAUGGCUCAAAUUUCCUGAGGGUCAUGGGUCUGAAGACGGCUGAAGAUGAGCUCAGCAAAUCGACAGAGCUCAUGACACUCGACAUCCACCACGAGCAUAGCUCAUUUUCAAGUCACACAGGCCUACCUCCCGACACAAUUCUGCUGUCAUCCUUCUACGACCCAAAAGGCGUCACUGGUAAUACUGACCGGUCCCCUUCGGCCAUAUCGCCAUUGAUCCAUUUCAUUUCGAUCGAUGACGAUUCGAAAGCUGUAGUCCUGACCUGUCGCGGGACGCUUGGCUUCGAAGAUGUUCUGACAGACAUGACAUGCGACUACGAUGAUUUACUCUGGCAGGGCCAGCGUUACAAAGUCCAUAAGGGCAUUCAUGCAUCGGCGAGACGACUGCUAGGGGGCAGCGGAAGCCGCAUUAUGGCUACAAUCAGAGCAACACUCGAACAAUAUCCCGAAUAUGGUCUCGUUCUCUGCGGGCACUCCCUAGGAGGUGCAGUUGCUGCCGUUCUCGCCAUCUUGAUCGCAGAACCAUCAUUCGACGAAUCCAAGACCUCCUUCGUUACUGGCAACAAGCCCAAGCUCCUCACCCAUCAGCCUACCGACGGACCAUUUACCUCGUACGUCCCUCCCAUCAGUCUUCCGGCGGGGCGUCCAAUCCACGUUUACGCCUACGGGACACCUGCAUGCGUGUCUGAGCUUCUCCGCGCCGCCACUCGUGGCCUCAUUACUACCAUAGUCAACCACGCCGAUAUCGUGCCCUGCCUCUCAUUAGGUAUCCUCCACGACUUCCGCACCGUUGCAUUGCACCUGAAACACGACACGACAGACGCCCUUGGCGCUCUCAAGACCCGCGUUUGGAGCCGGCUCAAGAGUGCUGUAAAAUCCGCAUUCCACAACAACCCGAAAGGACCGCCUCCGCCGGAGAACAUGGCAGGCGAUGGUCUCGGGGAAGACACAUGGGCAUGGUCGGCACUGAAAACGCUUCGCGCAGCGAUGAUCAACGAUAAACUGGUGCCUCCUGGAGAAGUCUUUGUGGUAGAAACAACCCGGGUCUUCGACCGAUUGGAUCCCGACGUGGCACGGGAAGCCGUCUUUGGACCCGACGAUUCAAAGGAUGAUCGUACGGAGAAGCUUUACCGAGCGCUAGGGAGACCCGCCACGAGAGUGCAGUUCAAACUGGUGCGCGAUGUGGAGAGGCGCUUCGGCGAGCUGAGGUUUGGGAGGGAUAUGUUUGGCGAUCACAGUCCAGGCAGGUACGAGGCUAGUCUUGCAGCGAUGGAUAGAGGAAUUUGUGAAGAAUGA